AUGGUGACCCGUACUCAUGUCCAACAAUCCAACGCCAAGCUCACAGAGCACACGUCCCCACGAACGGCCGUCUUCGUGGGCGGGACGUCAGGCAUCGGCAAGCUUACGCUCAUCGAGCUAGUAUCUCUCGGGUUCCCCAUCACAGUCUACAUUGUAGGACGCAAAACAACGGAGCCGGCCAUGAGAGUGGUGCUGGACGACCUGCGACAAAAGAACGGCAAGGCGGUGCUGGAAUGGGUCGAGGCAGAAGUAUCGCUGCUCGCCGAGACACGACGGGUCUGCGAUUUGAUCAAGGCCAAGGAGUCGAGUCUUGAUUUCCUGUGCUUGACGGCGGGCUACGCGCCGUUUGGCGGGAGGAAUAACACCACAGAAGGCCUGGACAUUACGCACGCACUGGAAUACUAUUCCCGCAUGCUCUUCACCCUGAACCUCCUCCCACUCCUCCGCGCCGCUCCUUCUCCGCGUGUCCUGACCGUUCUCGCGGGAAGCAUGCUCUCCACCCGCAUUGACGCCUCCGACCUCAACCUCGAAAGGUCGGACAGCCUCUUUGGGUUCCGGACGCAGACACACAUGGCCAACAUGAAUAGCCUCUUCUUCGACCGGCUCGCGGCCGACCCGGCGAAUGGGGCCAUCAGCUUUGUGCAUAAUUGGCCGGGUGCGGUGGACACGGGGAACAUGGCACGGUAUCACACGCCUACGCGGUGGUCGCCUUGGCCGUUGACGCAUCUUUUGAGGGUGUUGUUUUUGGUGAUGGGGUUUGAUGAGAAGGAGGCCGGGGAGAGGCAUGUUUAUAUUGCGACGAGUGGGAGGUUUGGCGGGGCGGCUGGGCCCUUGGGGGAGAAGGAGGAUGGGGGGAGCCGGUGUAAGAAUACCCGCGGGCAGGAGGGGGAGAAUGGGUUGUUUUUGUUGAAUCAUAAGGGGGACGUUUCGUAUAGCGAAAAGGCUUUGGAGGAGUUGAGGGGGGAGGUGCAGGGUAAGGUGUGGGAUACGACGAUGGAGAUUUUGGGACCAUAUUUGGGGUGA